AAAUUGUAAGCACUAAGCAGUCAUUCAUCCAGUUUCAGUCAAGUAAAGUAAGGUAUUCCAUUUUGCAGUGCACAUCUUCGGUUAAGUGUGCAAAGCUAAACUGUGAGGAGUGUUCGUCCGGCUAUUUGGAUAUUCUUUCUGUUUACUCAUGACGCUGAUUAUUUCCUUAUCACCGGCAGUUAUUGUUCGUCGGUGAGUGGAUUUGUAGCGGUAUUGUCCGAUCGACCCGUCCAUCAGAAUACCCCACUUCCGCGAAUAAUUUGCGCAGACUGUGCAGCCAUCCAAUAUGAGCAAGUUCGUGCGAAAGGUUAAAAGUGCUGUCAAGUACCAUUACAGCGAAACGAGCUAUCCGCGCACCGAAAAGCAGCUGGAACGUGAACAAUGGCUUAUUCCGAAACUGAUCCCGUUCAAUCGUUACAUGCUGAUGCCGGCAGCAGUACUGAUCCAAGUUUGUUGUGGUUCAUUGUACGCAUGGAGCGGCUUCAAUUUGCCUCUCGAGGCCAGAUUGUACGGGUUUAAUGGAGCUACGGAUCGAGCAAUCGCUGUCAAUGUUUUCUACCUGGCCGUUGCCAUCUUCGCGUUGAAUGCAGCCUUCCUCGGUCCGUGGUUAGAGCGCAACGGACCACGAAAAGGAGCCAUUUUGGGAGCUUGCCUGUUCUACCUGGGGAAUUUAGUGGCAGCGCUCGGAGUUUACGUUAACCAGAUGUGGCUGAUCUACAUCGGUUACGGUGUAAUCGGAGGUGCGGGCGUUGGUAUCAGCUACAUCUCGCCCGUGUCACCAUUGCAGAAAUGGUUUCCGGAAAUUCGUGGGGUGGCGGCUGGGUUGGCUGUGUGUGGAUUUGGUGCCGGGAGUAUCUUUUCGCCAUACACGCAGAACGCUCUGAUUGGUCCAGAUUACGCCGCCACCGGACAGGAAUUUCUCGGGAUCGAAUUGACCUUUGUGAUCCUGGGAUCGUGCUACUUUGUAGUCAUGCUGGUUUCCGCGCUCAUACUCCGUAUGCCUCCGCCUGGUUAUGUGGUAAAAGGGGUAACAGUCCACACAGUGAAGGGAGCGGAAAAGCUGUUUGUCACCAAAGAUAAAGUAGAAGAUGAAACCGCAAAAACGGAUAAACAAGGGAUCGAGAUGACAAACAUCACGGGAGAUAAUCCACAGAAACCCCGCAAAUCGAGCACGGUUGUUGUUCCGGAUUACACUAAGCAUUUUUCUAUGAGCCUGAAGGAAUCAUUGACAUCUCCUCAAUACUGGAUGAUGUACUUCACCUUUCUUGGAUCGGAAAUCACCGGCUUACUGAGUAUCUCCAAAAUCCAGAGCAUAGCGCAAAAUCAACUGAAGCAAUCAAAUGCCGUUUCCGCCGAUAUCAAUUCCGGACUGGGCGGGGUGAACUUGUUAGGGCGACUAUUGCUGCCCUUCAUAUCCGAUUUGAUCCAGAGUCGGAAAGCGCUGUUUAUACUGUCCCUAAUAUGCCAAGCUGUGUGUCUGGGAUGUCUGCCUAGCGCUAUGGCAGCGGACAGUUUAGCGGGAGUAUUAACGUGCGCUUUCGUUAUCGGAUUCUUUUAUGGAGGCGGAUUCGGCUUGAUGCCGGCAUAUUUAGCCGACCAGUUCGGGGCCAAAAAUGUGGGAGCCACGCACGGCAUGAUUUUAACAGCGUGGGCCAUCGCCGGUGUGGGCGGUGGUAUGGUUUUCACAGAAGUCUACAAUCAGCAACGGGAAACGUAUCCAGAAAGCGAGAUGAUGUGGUACGACUUAAAUUUCCGCUGGAUUCUUGGACCUGUAUUGCUAGCACUAAUUCUGGCGGUUUUCACUCCGACCAAUCUGCGCGACCGCAUGCUGCCCCGUGUCGAAGGCGAGCGCUUCCGGUUGCGUUUGCCCAAUGGGCACUUGCUGCGUUUUGGGGGUGGGCGAUUCCAUGUUGUCAGCACGGAAGAGGAGGAGAACGAGUGGGAAGCAUACCUCGCCUCGCUAAGCACACGAAAACUUUCCAUCAAAGACAGUAGCGCGGAAAAAGCGGCAGAUGCUGUAUCUCAGAGUACGGUGAUAAAGGCUUAACCAAAGGACUUAUGUAAGCAGUAGCCGCACGCAUUCAUCUAUCGAUGGGAGCGUCUGGAAGACGCUGUCACCUGGGCCCGUUGCGACGACGUGGAUAAUUGUCCACUCGCUCCGCUACUCUCGCUCUUCACCGGCAAGUGGAACAUCAACCGCAAUCCA